AUUAAGAAUAUGUUUCUCUUCAGCCGAUCUCUUCGCAAAUCAAUGACGCGUCAGGAAGACAUAGCGCGGCAACUAGACGAGUUGACCGACUACCGGCCGUACUUCACGUGGUGGGUGAGCACGGUGCAGACGUUGGUGCUGCUGCUCUCGCUGCUGUGCUACGGGUUCGGCCCGGUGGGCUUCGGGCGGCACACGCACUCCGGGCAGGUGCUGGUGAAGAGUUUGAGUUUGCAGCAGGUGGAGUGGGAGGAACCGGCGUCAUUCUGGCUGGGUCCGCGGGCGGCUGACCUGAUACACUUGGGCGCGAAGUUUGCGCCGUGCAUGCGGAGGGAUGCGCGGAUAGCGAGGGCCAUCGCGGCCUCAGCGAGACGGGAGAGGGACACCGCGUGCUGCAUACGAAACGACGAUUCGGGCUGCGUGCAGUCGUCUAAGGCUGAUUGUUCCAUAAGAGGAUUAAUACCAAAGAACACGAUAUCAACGUGGAAAAAAUGGUCGUCCGGUGAUUCGGGCCCAGGUGGUCGGAUAUCGGGUUCCGUUUGUGGAUUAGAUCCAAA